AUGGCAGAGGUAAAGGAAUCCAAAAAGCUAGAAUCCAAGUCACCCUCGGAUCCUCCACCCGCUCCGACUACAGCUCCGGUGGAGAAAGAGAAACCGCUUCUGGAAGAUCCAAAAGACCCUGUGUCCCACAAGGACAAAUCUGAAAUUCCACAACCUUCUCCUCUUGAAAGCAAGGUCGAGCCUAAUGAGUCCAAAGCCCUUACUACUAUUGUUGACAAGCUUUCGAAACCUAUUACCAAAGAGAAAAGUAAGGAGGGUUCCAUCAAUCGCAAUGCUGUGCUAGCAAAAGUUGCAACAGAGAAAAGGCUGUCACUUAUCAGAGCAUGGGAAGAAAGAGAGAAAUCAAGGGCAAAGAAUAAGGUUGCGGCGAGGAAACUCUCUUCUGUGUCCGCGUCGCCAGCCAGACUCAUUUGA